UGGAAGCCUUAUGUAAGUGUCACGCAAAGCCCCAAUUUUACCGUAGAUAUGUUAGUUUUUGGGCAAAUUUAGGGAUUUUCUCCCUUUGGGUUCUGUUUCUUUGCUCCCGUGUGCCGGUAAAAACUUAUUCUUUAUGAAUGCAUGCAUGGUGUAUGAAUAUACAAUAACAUUAUGUUACUAUGGUUAAACCACAGUAUUAGCAAGUUACAUUGAUUUGUUAUAACCAAGAUAUAUCUUAUUUGAUUAGACGUUAAAUGAUCAUCAGAAAAAAUAAGGAUACAUUAUGGGAAAAUCAAUGGAGAGAAAGCAAAUGAAAGGCUCACAAAUUUUUUCGUAGAAUCGAGAACGAAGCUUUCAUUCUGUACAUGCCAGAUCGUGAAUUUUGAAAUAGUUAAACGUCCGGUGCAAGUAAAUAUUUAUCUGUGUGUGUCCCGGAGAAGAUGACAAACGAGGAGAUGAGUGACAUUGAGAUGAUCAGAAAGAAAGUGGUGGAUGAAUGGGGUGUUAUGCCAUAUUUUCAUCAACCUUUCAACCUGGAUGAGUCUCCUGAUUGGCGUUACCCUUUGAAAUUAAUACCUGAAAGUGGCCAUCUUCAAAUGCUACAACGCUUUCUCGACACUUGCGACCAAUUCAAAAGCUUCGACUUCUCAAUUAAGCCAAUGAAAGCUGGUGGGGUGAAGCUUUGCAGCUACUCCGAGUUGCAACAGAUUACUGAUUUCAAGCGUUUCAGCUUGGAGACUUUAUCUGGAAGAUUGUUCCGUGGCACCAUUCGUGAAGGAUAUGAAGAACGGCCGGUGGUUGUAAAGACAUGUGAUCUUCUCCUUCCUUACCGUGAUGGACAUUUUGAACGUCUACCUAAAUUUUGUGAUGAGAUCGAGUUAUUCAUGGAUGAAAAAGCAAAUACACAUAAAAAUUUGGCGAAAUUGUAUGCAUUCUGUUGUGACAAGAGGCUUGCAGUUGUCUAUGAUGAAAAUGUUACCUGUCGCUUGUCUGAUGUGUUUCUGAACGAUGACUUUGGGUGGGACUUGCGGAUAAACGUGGCAACUCAACUUGCUGAUCUCUUGUCAUGGUUGCAUGAAAAGAGGAUUGCAGUUGGCAGUAUUAUUGCGUCCUGCAUUAUGAUAGAUGAGGAAGUGAAUAUAAAAGUAUUUGACUUUGGCUUCGUUUCUAAUCAUGUGAACGAGGAUUCUAAAAUUCCGGUUGAAUUUUUUAUCGGCAGGGAAGCUCCAGAGGCUAUAAAAGGUAAGCGUACGAUGAAAUCUGAUGUUUACAUAUUUGCCCUUCUACUGCUGGAGCUGGUAACUAAAAAGGAGUAUGAAUACAAAAUUAAUUAUCUGGUUGAACGCGGCGAAAAAAAAUUGGUUGAUGAAAGCUUCAAAACAGUUGAUGAUGCAACUGCAUGGGAGAUCACAAAACUGAUAUCCAAGUGCAUGGUUUACGAUCCAAAUGAAAGACCAACAAUGAAGGAGGUUUUUGAUGCUUUGAAAGCAAUGAGAGCGAGGGGGGAGAAACGUAAAAGAGCUGAAAGUGAGGCAGAAUAGGAUAAAUUGCUCUCUAGGCUUAGCUGUUUUUACUUUUGUAUAAAUCUGAAUCGGUAAAGUAGUUGCCUGGCUGCUUCUUCUUGAGAGGAAGCAGUCUUCUUCUGGAGCUUUAUGAAUGAUUACUGAAAAAUUUGUGUUACUGAAUACCUAUGAAUCGGAGAUGUUCAAACUCUUUAAACGUAUUAUUGUAGAAACCCAAAUUUAUCCCCUUC